AUGGCUAACUUGACUCUCAAUGGAUUUCUUCUUCUGGGCUUUUCCUCCAAGCCCGAGCUGGAACUCUUCUACGCUUCUGUCUUCCUGGUCUUGUAUGUGUUGGCCCUUCUCGGCAACAGCCUCAUCAUCACCUCCAUCUCCAUGGACAGCAGCCUGCACUCGCCCAUGUACUUCUUCCUGAAGCAUCUCUCCUUCCUGGACCUGUGCUACAUCUCUGUCACGGUACCCAGGUUCCUCUACAACUCUUUCCUGCACGACGGGUUGGUCUCAGUGGGGGCUUGCAUGCUGCAGUGCUUUGCCUUCAUCCUCUGUGCAGUGGCUGAGCUGGCCAUGCUCACUCUCAUGUCCUACGACCGCUACGUGGCCAUCUGCAAGCCACUACACUACGAUGUCAUCAUGAACCUCAGAACCUGUGUCCAGGGUGUCGUCGCAGUUUGGGUAAGUGGUGUCAUUUCAGGGAUCAUGCAAACAGCAUCCACCUUCUCCCUGCGCUUCUGCGGUCCCCCCAUCAUCCAUCACUUCUUCUGUGAUGUCCCCCAGCUGGUGAAACUCUCCUGUUCCAAGGACAGUCUGGGUGAGGCCGGUGUCACCAUCUUCCUCUGCUUGCUGGCCUUCCUCUGCUUCCUCUUCAUUGUCUGGUCCUACGUGAACAUCUUUGGCUCGGUGUUGAGGAUGCCCUCCGAGGAAGGCAGGGCCAAGGCCUUUUCCACCUGCCUACCCCAUCUGGUUGUGGUCUUGUUGUUCAUCUUUACCACCAGCUUUGAGUAUUUGAAAUCUCAUUCGGAUUCGCCCACUGGGUCUGACGUUUUGCUCACCAUCAUGUACACAGUUGUGCCCCCCACCUUCAAUCCUGUCAUCUAUAGCCUGAGAAAUAAGCACAUCAAGGCAGCCCUGAGAAAGGUGUUUUUGACCAAAAAGUUCUGA